UCGAUAUAUCUCGAUAUAUCUCAAUGCGCAGGGUUUUCAGGGCCCCCAGAGUCCCUAGAAUGUACACAAAAGGAGACAUCAUGUUGGCACACGACGGACCCCCAUUCUGUCGGAGCAUAAGGCCCACCUGAUGCUCUAUCGAUAAGGCAAUCAAUGGUGGAGUCAGAGUUUUUUGCGGGAUGCAGCAGCAAUCCACCCUAACAAGGGGCUAAGGCACCGGACUCGCGUAUCAAAAGCCCUCGUUUUUCUUUUUGAGGACACACAUGUGGGCCGACCGAUCACUAGGCAGGCGAUUAUACGUCUCCUCCUCGAUUUCCCCGCCUUUCACCGUCUUUCGCAAAAUUUCUCUGGGUUUUCCACUGAUUUUUCGAUAUAAUUUGGCAUACUGGCAAAGGAAGGACCUCAGAGGCCACUACGACUCGAAAUCAGAAUGAGGGGGGGCACAACCCUUGCAAUAAUCGGCUGUGGCCAGAUCGGUACCGCGAUUCUGGAGGUAUUGCUGGCCUCUCUCUCUCAGCCAUGUCCGAACCAUCAGCACCAAACGCUCCCGAACCUGUCGAUGAAAGUUAAACCCACACGGUUCAUCGCAUGUGUCAAUACCCAAGAAUCCGUUUCGAGACUGCGCAAGCAAUUCGGCCAUUUCGCGCGAAGUUCCUUCCCCAAUGUCCAAAUCUCGCAGGGCCGAGUCGCUGAGGCCGUGCAGCAGGCUGACUUCGUCUUACUCGCGUGCAAAACCAGUCAAGCAGUGGAGAUCCUGGGCGAUACUUCGCUCGCCGAAUCGCUCGCUGGGAAAUUGCUUCUCAGCACCUGCGCCGAUCUGACCGCCCGGCAGAUCGAGCAGCUCAUCUACCACGAUGCGACGAUCGAGAGCACAGAGACGAAGAGAUGUUAUAUCGUGCAAGCAAGGGCCAACUCAUCAUUCAGUGUGCGGCAGUCGGCGACUUUGAUUAGUACUACUGUGGCCAUGGCAGAUACAAUACCGAGGGAUUUUGAGGACUUGACGACGUGGAUAUUUUCUAGCAUUGGCACGGUCACCUUUGUGCCUGAGUCUGUCAUGAAUGAAGCCUCGAUAACGAGCAGCCUGGCGCCGGCAUUAUUUACUGUUGCAUUGGAAGGGAUUGCAAAGGAGGCUAUGGCUAGGGGGCUGAGGGAACCCGAUGCAUUACAUCUUGCCGCGCAGGCAAUGAAAGGAACCGCGGAGUUGGUAUUGUCGAAGAAGGACGAGAAUAAGGGGUUAUUUGCCAUUGAUGAGGUUAGAGAUAAAGCGCUGGCUACGUCGGAAGGCAGUGGUGACAGGGGACUUGCUGUGUUGAGGCAGGCCAUGGUGAAGGACACAUUCGCAGAGGCGAUGCGACAAGGCAUGGAGAAAAGAGAUCCCAAUAAUGCAUAUUUAUAUUCGAAUUGGUAGAUAUCCUGUAUUCUCUUGAUACAUACAUGGUUCUUGUAUACGUAUAUAGCUAGGAUACGACGACGUGAUGAAUUAUGAUAAUAUGAAACGGGGACAUUGAACGGG